ACUAUAUUUUUUUUUUUUUCUAUUUAUGUUUUUUCAUGACUCCAAUUCACACACACUGCACCUCUUCACUCUCUUCACUCCCUCACUCACCUUACAAUUACUAGAUCCAACCACUUUCUCUCUCUUUCUUUCUCUCUCUUGAAAUCAAUGGAGGAAUCAGGGGAAAAUUGGCCUUCUGAUUCUUACUUGGAAGCAGGUGAUGACGUUAAGGAUUUCUGUUUUGAUGAUGAAGAAUUCGCGAGCGAGGAGGAUGAAGGAGAUUCAUUUCCUGAGAUGAAAAGUACGGACAGAAAACAACGACAACAGAAACUCAGGGAGAGGUUCCUUGCACUCUCAGCAACCAUUCCUGGUUUUCAGAAGAUGGACAAGAAAUCGAUUCUAGACAAAGCCAGCAACUACGUGAAACAGCUUGAGCAACGAGUGAGAGAGCUGGAACAAGAAGUUCAAUCGAACAAGGUUUGCGCGAGCAGCAGCAGCUCCAGCGAAGUGAAUUCCAAUGGAUCAAAUCAAAUUCUUCCAGAAGUGAAAGUGAGAGUGUUGCAGAAGGAAGUGCUGAUAAUAGUUCACUGUGAGAAACAGAAAGGAAUCGUGCUCAAAAUACUAUCACACCUCGAAAAUAUCAAUCUAUCUGUGCUCAACAGCAGCGUCUUGCGCUUUGGAAAAUCCACCAUCGACAUCACCAUCAUUGCUCAGAUGGGAGAGGGAUACCAGAUGGGAGUGGAUGAGCUGGUGGAGACACUGAGAUUAACGAUCUUGAAUCAGUAGGCUGAGCUAAUUGUACUGUUUGAGAAACCUAGUAAUAAACUGUCUAGUUUACUCUUUUCGACACAUUCUUUUAUUAAGUAAAUUUCAUGAUCAUGUCGCUGUUAAA